CAGACAUGUGGAGUCAGAGUUUUGGACUUCUGAGAAAAUCCUACAUCCAUGAUGCAGGAUCAUUUUUGCUGGGAAAGAGUCUCCACGUACCCCUGUCCUCAGUGCCUCUGUGUAGUGCUGUGGUGGAUGUUGCUAUCCAGGAUUAUGUUGCUGAUGUGGCCUCCGAACUCAUCUACCAGAACAAGGGUCCAACCUCCACAGAAAUCCUCUUUGUAUUCCCCCUUGGGCCCCACAUGGCUAUAUACUCCUUCCAAGCCUGCAGUGAGGAUGCCAAGGUCGAGGCCGUGCUGCGGGAUGAGGCCCAGCAGCUGCACAAGGCUACAGGGGACUGGGAGAACCUGGGCUACCUUCAGGAUCAGUCUAUGUAUCCAGGCGAGGUGUUUGUCUGCUCACUGGGGACCCUUUCCCCUGGCAGGGAAGUGGUUGUGACCCUGCGCUUUGCCCAAGAGCUGUCACGAGAGCCAGAUGGUGCAGCCCGUUUUGUGCUGCCACCCACACUACAUCCCCACACAAAACACUAUGCCUGGAACUGUGGCACUAGCAAGCUGCCCUACAGCCUGCUGCUCACCACUAGCUUCCAGUCACCCCGUGGAGUGACCAAUGUCCAGGCCAACUUCUCCCUUACCCCUUUGAUCUACACUGCCCAGGACCACAGCUCUGCACAGGUCUCACUGGCUGGCACCCCUCCAGACAGGCAUGAUUUGGAGCUGCUGGUGUAUUAUGGAGACCCGACUGCAGUCAGUGUCAUGAUAGAGAGGGGAGACCCGGGGGCCCCUCCAGGCUCCCUGCUUGGUGACCCUAUGGUGUUGGUGACAGUGGCACCCAGCAUCCCUGAGGCAGUGCCUGGGCAGCCCCAGUCUGGAGAGCUCAUCUUCCUCCUGGACACCACUUUCCUUGAGCAUGCAUCGGACUCCCUGCUCUUCCUUCUCAAAAGCCUGCCUCUGGGCUGCUACUUCAACAUCUACUGCUAUGGAGAAACCACUGUGGGCAUCUUCCCGCAAAGUGUUGAAUAUACUCAGGACAACGUGACCAAGGCCAUGAGGUGCAUCCCCUCCACUGGCUCCAAUCUGGGUGACUCCAAUCUGCUGGGAACCCUCCGCUCAGUCUACAACACCCCCCAACCCCGUGGGCAUACGCGACAGCUCUUCAUCUUCAUGGCUGGGCUAUCCCCUGACCAGGAAGCCAUUGCAGCUGAGGUGUGUCGUCACCGCAACAGCCACCGGUGUUUCUCCUUCUUCUUCUCUGAGGACAGCGCUGCCCUGGCUACAGCCCUUGCCAAGGAGACAGGGGGUGAAGCUACCUACGUCUCCUCUGACAACAGUUUGACAGCUGUGGUGUUGAAGUACCUGAAACGGGCCCUCAAGCCAGCAGCUGAGGGAGUCUCACUGAGCUGGACCCUGCCCUAUGGCCUGGAGAUUGAGGUCCUGGGGGAAACCCCUCAGUCCAUCUUUCAGGGUCAACACAGCCUCCUCUAUGCCCAGAUUCAUGGACCAGCACAGGAUACAACAGCAGCCAAGGGUGUGCUGACCCUGCAGUACAGCCUGGAUGGCCAGGAGGUCACUCACACGGUUGAAUUCCCACUGCACCCACAGGGAGAUGGCCGGUUGGCUGGGCAUCGUAUGGCCAUGAGAUGCUUGCUGAAGAGGUUGGUGCUAGAGACUGCGAGUGGGUUUGGGGAUGAACCAAGGCAUCGUGCAGUUGAGAUUAGCCUCACUUCAGGGAUCAUCUGCCCCUUUACCAGCUAUGUGGGUGUUUGCACAUCUCAGAGGGUCAGCUGGUACCAAGUCUCAUGGGGGAGGCCCCAUCACCACCAGGUGCUUCUUUCUCAUGUGCUUAAUUCAGCCCCUGUCCCUGUUUGCCUUGAAGGGCCCCUGGCACUGCUGCCACCCCACCAGACACUCAUUCCCUGCCAGACCAUUGAGCUCCCUGGCUCCUUGGAACACUCUUGCUGCUCUGCUAAGAGCAUCUGGAUCCCGCCUGGCUGGCUGAGAGCAGUGUGUGCAUCAUGGGCUGCCCUCCGUCGACUCACCAGUGGCAUUGCUGCCCUGCCCAAGCAGGAGGCUUGCUCAAAAGCACAUAAACCACUGCCAUCAUCUAUUUCUUGUCUCAAAUAUGUGGAUUCCAUGGAUUUUCAUUUGGGGUCUCCAAUUUUUGGGUCUUGGACCACCAAAGCCAUUGCAGAGUGCCAGGAGCUGGUAGCACUGCAGAAUGUAGAUGGCUCCUGGGCCCUCAGCUCAGGCUUGGCCUUGGUUCUGGAAGUUGAUGAGGCUGAAAUCAAGGGAAAGAUGCCUGGUGAGGCCACAGAGCCAAGCAUCUGGGGCACAGUGCUGGCUGUGACCUGGCUGCACAGGGAUAACAAGUGUUACCAAGACCUCUGUGAGCUGCUGGAGGCCAAGGCUGUGACCUGGCUGUGCAACCAAGCUGUGUCGCAGCUGGACAAAUGCCUGGAGGCAGCCAACAUGCUCCUUGGGAGCAGCGUGAAGCCAGAUGUCUUCAGGCUCUGAGCUCAACAUGCCUUGUGCUGCAGACCAGCCACAGCUGCAGAGCCAAAAAGGGCCAGAAAGAGGAGCCUAAACUCAUCUGCUGUGCUGCAAUACCA